CCCGCCCCCCUCACGACUAUACGAACGCCAUGUCCGUCGUCGGCAUCGAUUUCGGUGCUCUCCACAGCAAGAUUGGUGUCGCAAGACACCGCGGAAUAGACAUCAUCAUCAACGAGGUCUCCAACCGCCAAACUCCUUCUCUCGUUUCGUUCGGCCCCAGGCAACGCUCGAUCGGCGAGAGCGCGAAGACGCUCGAGAUCUCCAAUUUCAAGAACACCGUCGGGUCCCUGAAGAGGCUCAUCGGGCGCACCGUGUCCGACCCUGAGAUCACGGAUGUGGAGACAAAAUACACGCAUGUGAAGCUCGUUGACGCGAACGGCACUGUCGGCGCAAAGGUCAACUACCUUGGCGAGCAAAAGGUGUUCUCUGCCACCCAGAUCACCGGCAUGUACCUCGGGAAGCUGCGCGACAUCGCAGCGAACGAGCUCAAGAACGGUGUCUCCGACGUCGUGAUCACCGUCCCCGGAUGGUACACUGACAUCCAGCGCCGCGCGCUCCUUGACGCCGCCGCGAUCGCUGGUCUCAACACCCUCCGUCUGAUCAACGACACCACCGCCGUCGCUCUCGGCUACGGUAUCACCAAGUCCGACCUCCCUGAGGCCGAGAACCCCCGUCACGUCGUGUUCGUCGACGUUGGCCACUCGAGCUCGUCCGUUUCCGUCGUCGCCUUCUCCAAGGGCCAGCUCGCGGUGAAGAGCACAGCGUACGAGCGCCACGUCGGUGGACGUGACAUCGACUACACGCUGCUCCAGCACUUCGCGACCGAGUUCAAGACCAAGUACAAGAUCGACGUCAUGUCGAACCCGAAGGCGAUGUUCCGUCUCGCCGCCGGCUGCGACAAGGUCAAGAAGGUGCUCUCCGCGAACGCGGAGGCGCCCCUGAACGUCGAGUCCAUCAUGAACGACAUCGACGCGUCCUCGCGCCUCACCCGCGAGGAGUACGAGGAGCUGAUCGCGCCCGUGCUCGACCGCCUGGAGGCGCCGCUCAAGCAGGCGCUCGCCGACUCCGGGCUUACGCUCGACCAGAUCGACGCCGUCGAGCUCGUCGGCGGCUGCACGCGCAUCCCCGCCGUGCGCCGCAAGAUCGAGGCCGUGUUCGAGGGCAAGGCGCUCUCGACGACGCUCAACCAGGACGAGGCGGCCGCGCGCGGCGCGACCUUCGCCUGCGCGAUGCUCUCGCCCGUCUUCCGUGUUCGCGACUUCGCCAUCCACGACAUCGCGCCGUACCCCGUCAAGGUCACGUGGGAGCGCCAGCCCGAGGACGAGGACACGGAGCUCGUCGUGUUCCCCCGCGGGAACGGCAUCCCGUCCACGAAGGUGCUCACGUUCUACCGCAAGGACGCGUUCGACAUCGAGGCUGUGUACGCCGAGCCCGAGGGUCUCCCCGGAGGCAUCAACCCGUGGAUCGCGAAGUUCACCGCGAAGGCGGUCGAGCCGCAGCCGAACGGGGACUACUCCGUCGUGAAGGUGAAGACGCGUCUGAACCUGCACGGCCUCUUGUCGUUCGAGGGCGCGUACACGGAGGAGAUUGAGGAGCGUGAGGAGGUGGCGAUGCAAGUCGAUGGCGCAGAGGCGGAGCCGCCGAAGAAGAAGAAGGUCGUGAAGAAGAAGGACGUGCCGUUCGUGUGGAGCGGGACGUCCCUCGACCCGACCAUCGUCGAGCAGUACAAGGAGGCCGAGGCACAGAUGUACGCGGCCGACAAGCUCGUCAUGGACACCGAGGAGCGCAAGAACGCCCUCGAGGAGUUCGUGUACGACACGCGGUCGCGUCUCGACGAGCGCUACGCGCCAUACGUACAGGCUGCCGAGAAGGAGAAGAUCAAGGCGGCGCUGGCAGACGCGGAGACGUGGCUGUACUCGGAGGAGGGCGAGGAUGCGACGAAGUCCGUGUACGUCGAGCGGAUCGAGCGGCUGCACGCGCUCGCGGACCCGGUCAUCAACCGGUUCAAGGAGGCGGAGUCGCGCACGCGGGUCGUGAGCGAGCUGCGCUCCACGCUCAACAACUACCUCGCGCAGGCGACGGGCAACGACGAGCGGUUCUCGCACAUCGAGGAGAAGGACAAGCAGGCGAUCGUCGAGCGCGUCGCGACGAUCCAGAAGUGGCUCGACGACCAGGUCGCGCGGCAGAGCGAGCGGCCGAAGAACGUCGACCCGGCGUUCACGGCCGCGGAGGUGAUCAAGAAGAAGGACGACAUCGUCUACUUCGCGACGCCGAUCCUCACGAAGCCUAAGCCGAAGCCCAAGGUCGAGUCGACGGGCACGCCUGGCACGGAGACCCCGAAGACGGGCCAGGAGACUCCCAAGCCCGAGGGCGCGAAGCCUGACAACGGGCCCACGGAGAUGGAUGUAGACUAGGAUCGCUCGCGCGAUACGCACGCACUGCAGGGGACAGCUGACGGUAUCUAGCCACUAGAAGAAAGUAAUGUGUUGUACGUAGACCUCUCGCGUAUUGUACUUUUUUGCAUCAUCCG